AUCAGUGGCCGCCAAACUUAGAACACGCUGGGAGGCAUGGCGUUGGAGCUAGAGGAGGCGCUGGCCUUGCUGGAUGAGGCUCCGGCGGCUUCAAAUGAGCUACAAUUACCCCAAUUCCCUUCGUCUAUUGCAGACUCAUCAUCGGAUUUCUAUUGGAGCCUUCUGGAUGACAACGGAGACUGUGGGGUUGCAGAAACGUCCCAUUCAGAAGCUACCACAGUCAAUACGUUGGCCAACAAGAAGAAGAGGAAGAAACUCAACCCGAACAAAGCUCGAGAUGAACGUCGCUUCCAACUGAUUGAACUGAAGGAGCAAGUAGCAGAGUUGGAGCUCACUCUACAACGACUACAGACCGUCCGUAACAAGAGACCGAAAAGUUUCGAGCAUCCGAGUCAUACCAGUGGAGUUCCCCCUGUGUGGCAGGAGAUAUGUUCACGACAGCUUGUUAGGAGAUUGGAGGCCGAGAAGGAGAAUAUGAAACUGAAGAAGCAGUACGAAAAGGAGAAACAACUCGUCAAGAGCUUGGAAAAGAUGCUCUACAAACGACAUGCUACGUCGAAUGACACGGAGCCUCAAUUUACGAAACAGACACGACGAACAGAUAUUCCUGCUGGAUACAUUGAACGCAUGGCAGCAAUGAUCUUCAAGGAUCUCGCAGCUGGAGUGAAGGUGUGCUAUAGCAGAUUGGAGAGUGUUUUCGAGACCACACGCCCCGUUCCGAUGGAUUUAGUGAGGCACAGCGGGUUACUUGAUGAAACAAAGAAGCUGAAGGGCACAGAGAAGAAGUUUUACGACAGAAGGACCAUGCCGUUUGACAUGCGUACGACUGGAGAUGCUUGGUGGGAGAACUGGCACAACUACAGAGGUCAACGCUUCCAAGAUAUCGCAGCUAACGAGAUCACGGAGAGCUUUGGACUCGAGAUGAGCGACUUUAAGACCAACAUCUCUGCAACAGCUUAUGCUCAGCAGAUCUCACACCGGCAUAUUGAAGAUAAGCGCAUUGUGUUUGUGUGGGAUUCAUAUGUGGAACCCUUUGGAUUUGCCAACGAACGCGUCUGUGGAGUCUACCUCCUUGAGCAAAAUUACGUGCUGAUCGAGCCUGAAUCUUGGAGCUCUGAACGGGUUUGUGGGAGAAGCAAUGGCUAUGCUACGCGAGUGUCGACUUGCUAUGUGAUCACACCCUACUUUUUGGAUCCGAAGCUGAAAGAAGACGCAAAAACGAUGGCAGUGAUUAACUUUCUGGUGAGCUCGCUGUCCACCAACAUCAUGGCGCUUAGCGAGAUGGUAGAGACACUGCUGCUGGACCAGGUACUGCAGCAAUGCGGCGAUAAAUAAAUGAUCUCAUGUUUGUAGCUCGAGAACUUCACGUAAUCUAAAGAGCAUACGCAAUGGUUGACCGGAUCACCGCAACUUGAAGCGGAGGGUGUUUUAUCUACGUUGCCGCAGACUUUGGUCCAACAGCAUGUCCUCAAUUUUCUCGUUGCGCAUCAUGAUGUUGGAAGACAGCGAGCUGGCUACAAAAUCGGUCAAAGCAGUAAUUUUGGGGUCUUCUUUCAACUUCGGAUCUAAAAAGUGGGGCGAGAUGAUCUCGCAGGUCGACAUUCGAGUUGGGACUGCACCUUCAGAGGAGGAGUAUUGGUCGUCAGGUUUGAUAAUCACAUGGCUUUGCUCUAGGAAAUAGACGCCACUAACGCGCUCGUUUUCGAACAUGAAUGGCUCGAUAUACGCGUUCCAGACAAUUACUGUUCGGUGGUCUUCAACAUGUCGAUGUAAGAUCUGCUGCACGUAGAACGUGGCCGUUGUGUUCGCCAUCACGUCAGUGAAUUCCAAUCCAAAACUUUCUGCGACCACGUUGCCUGCUUCACAGCUUUGACCUCUGUAAUUAUGCCAGUGUUUCCACCAUGCAUCGCCAGUUGCACGCAUAUCGAACGGCAAGAUAUGGUGGUCGAACACUUCCAUGCGCAUACCAUUCAUGGCAUCACGUAGUAGCGGUUUCUGCGUCACUUUAUGCGUCGGCACAGGGCUGUUAAUCUCAAUAACGACUUCUGCGAUCCGAUAGGAAUUCUCGACGCCAGUCGACAGCUCGUCAAAGAUCAUUGCUGCCAUCUGCUUCAGACUCCCAGUAGGGAUAUCGAUACGUCUUGUACGAGUAUUUUCUCCCAGAUACAUGAUAUCCCGUUGGGAUGGGUGCCGGUACAGCAACUUCCUCAGACCUUUGACGACUUCCAUCUCCCUUUCACAACUCUUCUUUAAAUGUAUGUUUUCCCGUUCAGCUCUGAGUCGUUGUUCCAGCUGACGAAUACAAAACUCCUUCCACACCGCAGACAUACCGGUGGACUUGGUAUGAUUCGAUCGGUAUUUCUUAUGUUGAGCGCCUGUAGGCUUCUUCUUGAUUCGGAUUAUUUGCAACUGCUUGAGCU